AUGCCGCUGCGUCCCUCACUUCUCUGUAGCUUGCGCCCUGCGCCAAUUCCCCAAGCUUGCGGCGCCAGACUGCUCCGGUGUCGGACACCAGCUAUUGUUGUACAUGGACUGCAAGUUCAGCAGCGAAGAGGUCGACAUGAUGAGGUUGCCAAGAAGAACCAUUACGAACGGCUGAAUGUGAGGCAUGACGCAACACCGGCCGAAAUAAAAAAAUCCUUCUAUUCACUCUCAAAAACACACCAUCCCGACGCCAACCGCUCCGACCCAAACGCAUCAUCCACCUUCUCUCUCAUUUCCGAGUCAUACACAGUCUUGUCUGAUAAAUCUCGCCGUGCAGCUUACGACCGCGAUGUCUUACGCCUACACCACCAUCCCCCACAAACAACCGCUCAACGCGGCUCCUACCACUCCCACCAGGCGGGUGGGCGUGCGCCUUCAGGCUUAAGUCGCAGGAGAGGUACCUUCCGCGGUCCACCGCCGAGCUUUUAUCGAAGCGGAGGAUGGGGAGAGCAAGCGGACAAGCGUCGCAAGGCGCAUGAGGAGAGCACUGGCGGGGGCGGCGCAUCGUCGCACGACCAAGAGGCAACGCACAAUCGUCACCAGAACCCCUGGGGGGACCCUUUCAAGCACGAGUCAUCUGCUCAUGGAGGAAUGGGACCCGGUGACGACCCUUUUGGACAUCAGAACGACGUCCCGCACUUUGAUAGGGAAGGGCAUACACGAACACAUAGACGAGAGGAUGAGCGGCGUAAGGAUCGAAGGCAGAAGAGGGCGAUGGGAGAUGACGACAUCGAAUUCGAGCCGCAGACGAGUAUUACUGGGCAUUUUAUCAUAAUAUCAGGCAUUCUAGCGACGACGAUAUUAGCGCCUCUCAUAUAUAUCCAGUUCAUGAGCAUUGGACGGCAAAAGAAGGAGAAGAGUUAA